AUUUAAGAAUGUGGAGGAAACGUAGAGCAGACAUCAAUGAACUUCUCCACUCUGACGAAGACACUGCGGUGACAAUUGAUGACGCAGUAACCACAAAUGACAGAGAGGAAACAACCAAUGAUGAUGGUGGAAGCAAUACUGAUGACCACAGCAUCAGUGUGACCACUGAUGGUUCAGACUUUGACACUGACAUCGGAAUAUGUGAAUCAGAUGUGGAGAUUUUGAACCCUGAACCAGAGGUCCAAGUUAGAAACAUCGGCAAUGACUUGCGAGAGUGGAGUACAAGACAUCAAAUUACUAAUAGGUCCCUAAAUGAAUUGUUGCAGAUUCUAAGGGAUCAUGGACAUGUACUCCCUAAAGAUGCACGCACAUUACUAGACACUCCUCAAGUCAUUGACAGCCAUUCAAAAUGUAAUGGACAGUAUAUUUACUAUGGCUUGGAGGGGGGCAUUUCCCGUGUACUGUCUCAAAAUGAUGCUUUUAGACAACAACACAGUACAGUCAGUUUGGAUGUCAACAUUGAUGGACUACCAAUCUUCAAAAGUAGUAAAGUCCAGUUCUGGCCAAUACUGGUUACAUUUAGCAAUUUCAGUCCAUUUAUUGUGGCAUUGUACUGCGGGGAAAGCAAACCUGAGCCCCUUGAUGCGUAUCUUCAUGACUUUUUGGAGGAGUUCAAAAAUCUCCAACAGAAUGGCCUGGUGUUUCGUGAGAAAAAGUAUGCCGUAAAUGUUCGUACCUUUAUCUGUGAUGCACCCGCAAGAGCAUAUUUAAAAUGCAUUAAAGGUCAUACUGCAUAUGACAGCUGUGAGAGGUGCCAAGUGAAAGGUCAGUAUGUUGAAAGAAGAGUUGUCUUCAAUCAGCUGACAUCAACCUUGCGCACAGAUGAAGGAUUUAGUCAGUUAGAGUAUUCCUGCCAUCAAAAUGGAUCUAGCCCUUUAAUAGCUGCUGGGAUUCCCUGUGUCAGUGCCUUUGUUUUGGAUUAUAUGCAUACGGUUUGCUUGGGAGUUGUUAGGCGGCUGUUGGUGUAUCUGACUCGAGGCCCAAAACUGUGUAGGCUUUCUCUGAGACAGAAAAAUGAAAUCUCACAAAAACUAAACCUGCUACGAGGCCAGAUGCCCAGUGAGUUUGCACGACAGCCCCGUGGCCUUCAGGAGUUGGACAGGUGGAAAGCCACAGAGUUCCGUCAGUUUCUUCUGUACACGGGACCCAUAGUACUAAAAAAUACAGUCUCCUCACAGCUGUAUGCUCAUUUUGUGACAUUAACCGUGGCAGUAUCCAUCAUGCUGGACUCAGAUGAGAGGAAAAGAGCUGCCUAUUUGGAUUUUUCUGCUGAUCUGAUGAGGCACUUUGUGUCUAGCUGCCCUGCACUCUAUGGAAAAACAUUUACGGUGUACAAUGUGCAUGCCCUGUUACACAUCCAUGAAGAUGUCUCUCGUUUCAGGUGCUCUUUAAAUGACAUAUGUUGCUUUCCAUAUGAGAACUAUUUGCAGCAGAUCAAAAGAUUGGUCAGGACUGGCCAAAAUCCAUUAGCGCAGGUGUCCAAACGCCUGGUCGAAAUUGAACAUGCCCAGGGGAAUUCCACUGCACAGCCUAAAGCAAAGCCCCAAAUGUACAUUUCAUCAAAAAGAAGAGACAGCUGUUUCCUUCUGGAAGAUGAGAGCUUUGCUUUUGUUCAAGAGAGGAGGGGAGAUGGUACAGUUGUUUGCGAUGUGGUAAAACAGAGACACACUGUCGACCUGUUUGACAAACCAUGUCCGUCAAACCUCUUGAACAUUGCUUACAUAGGGAAUGGCCGUAGACUUAGAAGAAAAGAAGUCAAGGAAAAAGACCUUGGUCGAAAAGUAGCCUGCCUUCCUUUCAACAAUGGCUCUGUCAUGAUUCCUCUGCUGCAUGGCAUUGAACAUUCAUGAUGAAGAUUGGCAAGACAUUAAGUUAUGCUUUUCGUCAGGGCCGUUUGGAAUGAAAAUGGGAAGGAAAUGGAGGGGACCAUCCCUGAUGCCUGGGUUAAUGUAGCUGAGAAAACCCUUCGAUGGCCAAAGACGAGGGCAAAAUAUUGUUUUGACAACCAUGUGGCUCCUAAGGAGGACUGGGAAACUUUCCCAUUGUUGAAAGUAAAAAUUACCUCAGAAAGUUUCCAUGAGUGUGAAGACUACGAUCAAACCAGCCAUGCUGAACUAUGUGAAGAAGAUGAAGACGAAGAGGUUGUAGUCAAAAAAAGGAUGAAAAAAACAAAACAGUUUGACGAUUUUGUUGAAGGAUCUGACCUGUCUGAGGCGACUGCUGAGGAGGAUGAUAAAGAAAAGCGGAAAGGAGAUUCCAGUCCAAUAAUUCCAGUAUUUCCCACCCCACCAAUCAAGUUAAAGAAUGUGGGCGUCGACAGAUCAAAUAGUGGUUCACCCAGGUCUGCGGGCCGUGACAGGUCAACUGGUCGUACAGCCAGGUCUGCAGGCCGUGACAGGUCAACUAGUCGUUCACCCAGGUCUGCGGGCCGUGACAGGUCAACUAGUCGUUCACCCAGGUCUGCAGGCCGUGACAGGACAACUAGUCGUACAGCCAGGUCUGUGGGCCGUGACAGGACAACUAGUCGCACACCCAGGUCUUUGGACCGCGACAGGUCAACUAGUGUUUUGGGUUCCACAGAUUCGUCCAGGUCCAGGUCCAGGUCUGUGGGCCGGGACAGUUCAAUUAGUUGUUCAUCCAGGUCUGUGGGCUGGGACAAUUCAAGCAGUCGUGUACACAGGUCCCAGGCUGUGGAAGGUCUUUCACAUGAAAUGUCCAGUUAUAAUAGGGAUGUGCCAACCACAUUCCCCCUGUCAGAAGCGAAAUUCCAAAAAAUAGUGCUGACAAAGCUGGUGACUCUCACUGAUGAGGUCAAACAACUCCAGAGGAGCAUGCCUAAAUCUAGCAUUGAGAUCAUAAAGAUUAACACCUUGGAAGAGUUCGAGAGGGAGGAGGCUUCUCUUCUGGAUAAAAACAUAUUUGAAACCUUGGUUUGUCAGCUGGCAAGAGUGGGUGGGAAAGAUGUAAAGGACUGCACGCACAAAGUGAUGGACAGGCUCUUCACCAACAACCUAAUGACACUGUUUAAUUUGAAAGGGAAGGGAAAAAAAGAUAAAAUUGGGCUCGAAGACAAGAAAUUGUUUUCAGCAAUAAAAGCUGCUGUCAUGAAAUGGGACGCAGCUGCCACAGAGGCCCAAAUAAAGUCGGCGGCAUCGGACCACCUAAAACAUGCCCCUGGGAGAGUAGGGGGUGGUGGUUAUAAAUAAAUAAAUAUACUGUGCUAAUAUUACAAAAUUUUAUAGCACUUUUAUUUUACUUUACUGUUCUGACUUUUAAGUUUUAUUAUGUUAUUGUGUUAAUUUAUACUUGCUGUUCUUGUUUUAAGUAUUAGUGUGUUGUUGGUUUAAUUUAAACUGCUG